AUAUGUUAUAUUACCAACAUUACAAAUUUAUACAACAUAUUUUUAGUAGAAUUCUCGGAUUAUCACCAUGGACUCACAAUAAAAAAGAAAUUUGUGAACUCUCAUCCGUCGGAACAUGUUAUAACAUAUCAAUAAGCUUAAUUAUAAUUUUACUCGGUGUUUACGAAGUUUUAGACGAGACAUUUGCAGAUAAGUUUCCCGGAAAAUUAGUUCCGUUGAUAAUAGUCAAAGUAAUAUUCAUUACAUUGUUAUGCACAAGUUUUAUUCCACUUGUUUACAUUAUAAAACAGAAGCAGCUAAUAAGAGUUAUGAACCGCUUCAAAGAUGUUGAUAGGGUGUUAAGCAAGUGCAAGAAUUAUGAAAGAAAAUAUGAUCACACUAACAUCAUAAUAUUUUGUACUAAUUUCUUAACAACCAUUUUUUUAAUAUUAAUAUUAGACGCAUGUUAUUUUUCGAUUGUCAGAAUUUUCAUCGAAAAUCUGCCGACAAUAAUCGGCGGGGGUGUAAUGAUACAGUAUGCUAUGAUAGUUAACAAGUUAAAUAAUAGAUUCGACAUUAUUAAUACAAUUUUCUCAAAGUUGGGCAAUCUCAAAGUGGAUGCUACCCCACAAGUAUUUACUGUGACUCAAGUAGCGUCGCGAAGAUUGGUCAUUACCGACAUUGAUAACCUCAAAUACGCAUUUGUAGAAUUGUGCGAAAUGUGCCAAUAUACUGCCGACUUUUAUGGAAUGUCUGUUUUGAUUUCCAUUCUUUGCUAUGCUGAAAGAAUUAUAUUUUGUGUGUAUCUCAGUCUUUUACCGGCGUUAGAACUCGGGAAUUUUGAGACGCUAUGGCAAGUUACGGCGCCACGUUUGAUAUGGAUUGUUUUUGUAUUCCUAAUGUUCACUGCGAGCAUCACAACAAUCAAGAAACAGGUAUACCGAAGUCUGACAGAUGAUAAAAUUGUGGAAAAAGUAAUUUUUUUUAUAUUAUUAUUGAUGUUAUUAAUCAAUAAAAUUGAUUUCUCUUCAUUGCAGUUAUCUCAAUUUUCCAUCGAUCUCUUGCAUUUAAAGGUAGAAUUCACUGCUUAUGAUAUAAUGCCUUUAGAUCGUACGCUUCUCGCAAUAAUUACUGGUACCAUUACAAUGUAUCUAAUAAUUGCAAUACAGUUUGCCGACAGUCCAUCU